CGAUAACAAACUUGACAACACGUCGCGCAGAAUAUUAUAACACUCCUUCAGACUGACGCUACGCGAAAAUCAUCAGCUAAUAGAGAAUAUCCACCGUAAUCUAUCAACCAUUUAUUAACAGCUCAAUGAAAAAUAUCUCGGGUGCGGUGUAUGGAUUCGCUACGUCAAAACACGCCUCUUCGUAUUUUUCUCUAUCGAUAACAGCUGCAAACGGCGAUGGGAUAUUUACUCUGGACUUGGGGAUUGGCUCUGCAUUUCACCAUUCUUUGGGGUGUUUUGGAUGUGAACUUUCAUUCUCCUAUACUGAGUGACCUGCAGUCUAUUAUGCCACCUCCGACUUCCCCACCGGCAAAACGACUGAUACUAUUUGUAGCAGAUGGUCUGAGAUAUCGCACUUUUGGUGAUGAACCUCCACCAUACCUUUUGAAGGUAAUGAACCAACAAGGGUCAUGGGGAGUUUCACAUACUCGAAUGCCAACCGAAUCUAGACCUGGGCAUGUUGCGCUGACAGCUGGCCUGUACGAAGAUCCUAGUGCUCUGUUUAAAGGCUGGAAAUCAAACCCGGUAGAUUUUGACUCGGUGUUUAAUCAAAGCCGAAUGACUUGGGCGUGGGGUAGUCCAGAUAUUAUACCCAUGUUUGUUAAGGCCAGUAAGAAUACAAUCCAUGGUAAAAGCUAUCCAAGUAGCUGGCAAAAUUUUGAUGGAAACCCAGAAACAAUAACACGCCUUGAUUCGUGGGUAUUUCAGCAGUUCCACGAAUGGCUGGAAGAUACCGGAGCUAAGGUGAAACAAUUAGAUGGUAUAAUUUUGUUUCUUCAUCUUCUUGGCUGUGACACGGCAGGACAUGCAACCAAACCACAUUCUAGGGAAUACAGCAACUGUUUGAUUUACGUUGAUCGGGAGAUCGAAAGAGUAACAAAACGAGUCGACGAGUUCUUCGAUGACAAAGGCACGGCUUAUAUUUUCACCUCGGAUCAUGGAAUGACCGAAUGGGGUUCGCACGGCAGUGGCUCCCCCGACGAGACGGAAACUCCUUUGGUUGUCUGGGGUUCGGGUGUUAAUUCAUCCAGGCAAAGGGUUGAUGUUGAACAAGCCGAUAUCGCACCACUGAUGUCAUCUCUGCUUGGAAUUUCGAUUCCAGUGAACAACGAGGGUGUCCUACCUAGAAAGUAUUUAAAAGAUGGCAACAACAAAUACGGAGCUAGUGCUCUUCUUUCAAAUGUGAGACAAUUAGAGCUCCAAGUGAGAGGUACCCGAAUACUGAAUUAUGGUUACGGUAGCGAGCUCCACCGGAGAGAAAUUGUCUUGUACGAGGGCAUUAAAACAGCUGAAGAUCUCCUGCAGAUGGGUGAGGUGACGAAAUCCAUAGCUGAAGGGGAAAAGUUGAUAUCGUUUGCGAAGGAAUCACUCGCUUAUUUCCGCGGAUAUCACCGUAGCAGAUUGAUGUUUUACCUGACCGUUACGUGGUUGGGAUGGAUUGCGCUACUGUUUAUUAAAAUGACGGAGCUUCCCAAAUCCAAAAAGCGUUCCGAAUUAAAGCUAGCCUGUGACAUUUUUUUCGUCUGCGCAACUAUUCUUGUUCUGAUAAGUCACAGAGGUACGAGCGGUUGGCGCUUGAGGAGCUAUGGAUUAUUGGCAUUGCUCUCGUCAUGGAUGGCUUGUCGAAGUUUUACCAGCUACUCGUAUCCCGCAGUGCGUGGGGGAUGGUAUUGGAUCGCGGGCACGUUACUCCUAACGACGGUGAUGUCCUUCGGAUUAGAGUUCAGAUGGGCUCUCGGCGCUGCGACUCUAGGAUCGUGUGCGAUGCAAGCUGCUCUUUUCAAAAACGCUGAUCAUCGCCUAAUUUGGACAGCGAUAAUCCUAUCCACUUUUCCAUUACUCCCAGUUGUUGGCAGUCAACCGAGGAUUUAUUUUGUGUUACUGGCCUUACUGAUCGGAGGUCUGACAAUGAUGGUUUCCAAGCACCAUAACAUUGGUAAUUUGCUGAAAAUUGUGGAGCUUGUACGAUUUGGUACAGCGGCUUUGGUGUGUUUAAAUUUUGUGGAUGGUCGUACUUUUAUAUCGUGGCUUAUACUGGUGAGCACACCUCUAUGUGUGUUUGCUCAUCCCGUGGGUCCAAAGCAAAGGAUAUUCGGUGUCGGUCUAGCUUUUCUACCGACCCUAGCUCUCCUCUCCGUAUCCUACGAGCCCUUAUUCCUUGUCGCACUAACAGCUCAUCUACUAUCCUGGCCUCUCCCAACCGCAACAGAUUCAAAUGGUCCGGUACGAGCUGGAAAGAAGACUCUCUGUGUGGAAGACUAUCCAAAGGCGGCGUUUUUUAUGUUGUACGUGCUUCUGGGAUUUUUUGGAACCGGGAACGUGGCCAGUCUCAGUUCGUUUGAUCCGAUGUGGACGCGGCACUUUCUGACAGUAUUUUCGCCAUUUACCAUGUGCACUCUGAUCGUCCUGAAGACCGCUAUACCCCUGCUCAUGGUUGGGUGUGCUAUUCGCACUCUCGCCCCUGCCAAUCUUUUCGCAGGGACGAUGCUUCUCGGAGAUUGUCUUUCGCUGCCUGUUAUGUACGCCGUUACACCUCAAGGCAGCUGGCUCGACAUCGGUAGCGCCAUUAGUAGAUUCGUCAUUGCGAUCACCCUACCAUGUAUAAUGCUAGUCCUUCAUUACAUAUCGUAUCCGCUGGUCAGUUGUAGUUUCAGAAAAUUCGGCGACAUCCAUCUCACGACUAAGCAAAGAGUGUAGCUUGUACAUUCGUCAAGACAAAACAGUGAGAUUAAACGAUCUCAAUGUAAUCGGUAUUAUUAUGAUGUAAUAGUUGAAUACAGUUAUAAAUUAAAUUUUAUAAUUUGUAUAUUUUUAAUUUUAUAAUUAUUAUUCAAUUGAAAUACACGUGGAAUUUUUUAUUGUAAA